AUGGAAAGAAGCUAUUUCCCUUACAAGGCCUCCAAGCCCGCUGCAGUCCUCUUUGCAGUCCUCUACUCCGUCUCCGUCGCAGCUCAUGUCUUUCAAAUGAUCAAGCCCCGAGCUUAUUUCAUGUCCGUUCUGAUCGUUGGUCUCCUCGUCGAGGUCCUGGGAUACGUAACUAGAAAGCUUGCCAUAGACGACGAUCCGACGCUAUGGUCCUUUAGCACCUCGCAGGUCUGCAUCCUCGUCGCUCCAGCGUUCCUCGCGGCGUCCGCGUACAUGAUUGUCGGAAGAAUGAUGGCAUACGUCGGCCCAGGCGCCAGCGUCAUCUCCCAUCGGCUCAUCACCAAAGUCUUCGUCAUCGUUGACAUCCUUUGCCUAAUUACACAAGCUGCCGGUAUCGCCAUGUUUGUCACAAAUGUGGACAAGGCCGACAGAACAGUCGUACUUCGGGGAAGAAACAUCCUCAUGACCGGCCUUGCGCUUCAAAUCAUCUCCUACCUGAUAUUUGUCGUCAUCACAAUUAUCUUUGACAUUCGAGCACAGAGGAUGAAGGGUACUCAGCUAAAGAAGCUCCGACCCCUGUUCUGGGCGUCCUACUCUGUCGCCUUUCUCAUUAUUGGACGAUCCAUCUAUCGUGCAAUUGAAUUUGGUACGGUCGACUUUAAGCGAAGAACCCAAGGCUACUUGUACACGCACGAGUGGCCAUUCUACGUCCUAGACGCUGUUCCCAUCCUGGCCGCAGCAGUCAUCCUGAACGUGAUUCACCCCUCGAGCUAUCUUCCAAGCAAAAAGGGUCUCAGAAUGGACGGAACAAUCGAAGUACCCGCUCGGCAUUGGUGGUCCAAAUCCAAGUCGACCAAAGAGCACGAGCUAGAAAACGCCACUCCAUAG